AUGUCCAACUGCAACUGGUUCGAAAAGCAACUCGAUCUGCUCUACAAGCGCAUGGAGUGCCCCAUCGUAAGCUACUCUCCGAGCGAGCCGAGCGUUCGUGGUGCUGCGUGUCCGUUCUCGUGCUGACCGUCGCGUCGCUCUGGCCUUGCAUCAUGCAGGACUUUGUCGGGCAGGAGAGAACGAACAUGUUGAUGCAGCAAAUGCUCUGGGCUACCGGCGUAAGCUUCAACUCGGCCCUGACCACCACGUCCUGUUCUCUACGCUUUCCGAGCUCUGUCCUGACACGCGCCAACACCUCCUGUUCGACGGGCGGCCACAUCAACACCUUCGGUGACUCGUCAUUUCUUCUCCCAGGCCAUCUCCUUUGUCGUCGGAAUCACAUUCCAAUCUCUCAAAUUGACGCUCCUCCUCUUCGCGGCUGGCUACGUUCUCACCCUCUUUGUGAGUCUCCCUCGCCGAACCCCCAAGGGGGAGUCUCAUAUUCGCGGCGGUGCGCCGCCCCCUCCUCACCUUGACACUGACACUUGACGCUUCACUCUGCGGUCUAUGCCUGCGCGACAGACGAUCCUGCCCCCCUAUCCCGCUUACAACCAGAAUCCCGUCAAGUGGCUGGCACCGGCAUUGGAUGAAAAGGAGGCCCCCGCGACGGGCAAGAAGGCGUCCAAGGGGUCAAGCGAAAGCAAGAAGAAGUGA